GUGCCUUGGGAAUGCGUGGCUUCUUCGCCUUCGCCUUAAUGGCAUUCAAUGCUCCGCCCACCUCCCUCAACUGCCUCCCGAACCCCUUUUCCUUAUAUAACUCAACCUUACUUUUAUUCACCUCCUUGUCCUGCCCCACCAUUUAUCUCUUCUUCUUCUCGUGAGACCUCAGCCAUGGAGAAAAGUAGCGUCGUUGCAGCAGCAAGGCCUGUGAGGGCUGACGACGAAGAUGAAAACUCCUCUGCCCUUCGUACUUCUGAGACCUUCCUUCGUCUCCUUCCCAUCGGCCUCUCCGUUGCAGCCCUUGUCCUCAUGCUCAACGACUCCCAAGCCAACGACUAUGGCUCUCUGGAUUACACUGACCUUGGCGCCUUCAGGUAUCUGGUGCAUGCCAAUGGUAUCUGUGCAGGUUACUCACUCAUUUCAGCAGCCAUUGUUGCUAUGCCUCGCCCUUCCACCAUGUCUCGAGCUUGGACUUUCUUUUUGCUUGACCAGUUGCUAACUUACAUAAUUCUGGGUGCUGGCUCGGUGUCAACGGAAGCUCUGUACCUGGCGGAGAAGGGGAACGACUCCACACUCUGGAGCUCAGCUUGUGGGUAUUUUGGCAGGUUUUGUCACAAGGCCACGGCAUCGGUCGCCAUCACCUUCCUAGCUGUGGUUUGCUAUGCGCUGCUUUCACUCAUCUCCUCCUACAAGCUCUUCAGCAAGUUUGAUGCUCCGGCACCAAACCCUGCUGCCGCCACCACCAAAGCCAUUGACAUCGCUGCAUUCCAUGCUUGACACAGCACUUGUGCAGUAGUAACCUGUACCUGAGACUCUCAAUGCCUCGUGCUGCUGAAGUUCAGUAUAACAAGUCUCGUGCCCGUAUUGUAAUGAACAGAUAUUCCCACUUUAGUAACGAUAUAAGCUACUUUUAAAUACCUUGCUUCUGGUCCAAAAAUAUAAUAAAGAAAAUACCUUGCCUCUGUCACUUGCCAUAAAUAAGAUGACCACUUCCUUCUA